AAGUAAAAUAAAUAUCUAAAUAAUAAUCAAAUUCUAAAUAGACUCAAUAAAAGUUGUUGUUUUAAUUUUUAUACAAGCUACAUUGACACUGUUGACUGUUAUUAUGAGUUCGUCAAGAAAAGAAGAUUUACCUUCAAAACCUACUGGAUCAUCAGUAUCAAAAAAAACCGAAGGCUGGUUAGUAAAAAAAAAUCCUUCUUCAUCCAAAUUGUAUAAUUGUCGAUGUCCAUACACUUUACGCAAGACUGGACAAUUUAUAUAUAAUGAUCAACUUUGGACUGUAGGUGAUAUUGUAUCUUUACAUGAAUCAAAAUCGUCUAAAAUCUUUUAUGCGCAAAUUAUUGAAUUACAUGAAAAUGAUUUAUGUGAAAAUCGAGCAAAAAUCUUCUGGUUGGUACCUAAAGCUAACAUUGGAGUAACAGAUGAAUCAAAAAAAGUGCAUCAUGACACUUUCAAACCUACCGAAUUUGUACAUAUUUCUGUUGACGAGAGAUUUAUAUCCAUGGAUUGCUUAACAUUUGUUAUGAAUGUUCCAAACUUAUUUGAGUAUAGACAACAUGUUGAAACCGAUUACUUAGUCAAUACAUAUAUUGCACCACAUUCUGAAAGAUAUGCAGAAUCCUCGUCAGAAUCUGAUGGAAACAAAGGAAAAAGACCAAAAUGUAGAAUCACACAGCUUACAGCUAAUUAACAAAUGUUCAUGAUUUGGCUGUUUGGCUGUAUUCUAAUUGACACCUUAUUUUCCAGUGAAUAUUGUUUUGAAAAACAAAAAAGAAAUGAAACCAUCUAAAAUACAAUAGUAAAAUGCUUUUUUUUAUGAAUAUUCUUGUAAAUAUUAAAAAUUAAUUUUUGCAAAUAUAUUCCCUAAUAAUUUGUAAUUGUGUAAUAAUUUUAGUAAAAAUUUGUAUAUUAAUAUUUUAUAGAAUGCCCAUGAACUGAAAAUUGUACGUAAACAAAAAGUGUACAAAUUUCUAACGAAUGAUUCUAUUUUAGUGCCUAAUAUAAUUUUAGUGGGUGAUGUUGUUAGGCAAGACCCUUCAUACUAUAAUAAACAACAAUCAAUAUCAGUUAGAAACAGCAGUCAAGAAGGUAGAUGUUAGUUUUAAAUUUUGUCAUGUUGUAAACUUGGACUAUCCCCUCGAAGCUGAGCAAUGUGGUAUUUUAUUGAGCAGUUUUUUUUUUUUUUUGAUACACCAAACCCUUAAAAGUUUUUAUCUGUUCAAAGUUUCUGUAAGGAUUUAUAACACUUAAAACCUAAAAUUCAUUAGAUUUAUUGCAUUUUAAGAAGGUUCGCAAAAUAUUUAAUUGUUUUUUAUGCAAUUUAAAGUUUAAUUGUACUAACUAUUAAAUUAUUCAUAUUGGUAUUUAUCACAAAUUAAA